AUGUGCCAAGAGCGUGGCCUUUCAGUACCGGCAGACUCAACGAAGGCCGUGCUCGCAGAUCACCUUAUAUGUGAAAUCUCUCCCCAAAAAUUGCAAAUGCCCGAAAGUACAUCAAAAGAGCUUCCUGGCUUGGAUCUUGAACGCUUGGACUUGGUCGACCAUGAGAUUUUACCGGAAAAACUCGAGAAACAGGAGAAAAUCGGCAGUGGCGCAUUUAAAGAUGUGUACAAAGGCUUAUAUCAUGUGUCGCGUACUCGUGUAAUCAAGGUCGCGAUAUGUGAUUUACGUGAUGAACUGACGGAGAUGGACAUCAAGGAACUCACUUUCUUACGCGACUUGCAACAUGAGAAUAUUGUUCGAUUCAUUGGAAUCAGUCUUCCACCUCGUCCUGGCCCUGUGCCUUGUGCGAUAGUGAGUGAGCUGUGUGAGAAUGGCGAUCUGUUCGAUUAUAUUCGCAAUGUGUCUCCUCCUUCAGAUGUUGAGAUCUUUGGCAUUCUACUGCAAAUUUCCCGUGGUUUAGAGUAUCUCCAUACCCGUAAACCCAUGAUUGUUCAUCGUGACUGCAAGUCAACGAAUGUUCUCAUUACAGAACAUGGUGUUGCGAAGAUCAGUGACUUUGGACUGGCUCGUGUGAGACGCUCAGCCCGUGCAAUGAUACGCUCACUCGUUGGUACUGUCAAUUGGCAAGCUGUUGAGCUCUGGUCAGCGAGGCCGCAAUACAAUGAAAAGGCCGACGUAUGGAGUGCAGCCAUGACAUUCUGGGAAACUUUGCAGUGGCAUCAGCCCGAGAAACGAUAUCCAUUUCAGGGCAUGAACGAACACCAGAUCUACUUUAAUGUGCGCCAAAAAAACCUACGGUAUGUGCAGGAAAUUGAUGAUCCCAUUUGCACACAACUAACGGUAAUAAUCUAA